ACAGUGGGACAAUGACAUCGCGUACCGGAAAGGAUCAACAAAAAUCUGGGUACCCAAUUACCCUCCUUUGCGCCAGUUACUACUCGAAGAAUACCACGACGUCCUGUACGCCGGACACUUCGGUAGCAACAAGACGCUCACCGUAUCGCCAAACACUACUACUGGCCCCAUAUGCAGACGACGUCCAGAAAUUCGUCACCUCGUGUGAUACAUGUCAGCGGAUGAAGAGCAGCAAGCAGAAAAAGGCGGGACUACUGCAGCCUCUUCCUGUCCCAGAACUACCAUGGCAAGUGGUUAGCCUGGACUUCAUCACCGGGUUACCACCUACCUCCAGCGGUCAUGACGCCAUCCUUGUCGUCAUUGACAAGUUCUCCAAAAUGGGACACUUCAUCCCGACACACACGACGGCACGCACCGAGGAGACAGCACAGCUCUUCGUUCGUCACAUCAUCUCACAGCAUGGCAUCCCAACUACACUCAUCUCCGACCGAGACCCCAAGUUCACUAGCAAGUUCUGGAAGGAACUUAUGUCUCUGCUCGGCACCAAACUCGCCAUGUCAUCCGCAUACCAUCCGCAGACAGACGGACAGACCGAGCGCCUCAACCAAAUUGUUGAGCAACUCCUCCGAGCAGCCUGCAAGGACGACAUCUCCAAAUGGGACUUGCACCUGCCCGUACUCGAGUUUGCUUACAACAAUGCCACACAUGCCGCUACUGGACAGACGCCGUUCUUCCUCUGCUACGGAUGCCACCCACUCACACCACAAAAACCGACAGCAUCACCUACA